AAUCAGAAGGCAGACCAUCAUUCGGUAGCCAGCAUAUGAUUCAGCAGAGCUUUGUAUAAAAAGUAUAAAGUUCAAAAACAACCCAAAAGGGCUCUUGGAAGUAGAGGACGGUCUCACCCUUCCUGGAAUUGCAACCGAGAGCAUCCAUGAACUUCUGACUGUGUGUUACAGAAGAGCACACCAGCAUGACAGAGUUGUGACUUUUACAGAGCAGCCAACAGCAAGCACUUAGGGAUUCUCAGCAAAUACAGAAUCCACCUGAGAAUAUGCUGCCACAAAUCACCCUUUUGCUGCUAAUGUCCUUGAAUUUGGUUCAUGGAGUGUUUUAUGCUGAGCGAUACCAAACACCCACUGGCAUAAAAGGCCCACCACCCAACACCAAGACCCAGUUCUUCAUUCCCUACACCAUAAAGAGUAAAGGUGUAGCAGUAAGAGGGGAGCAAGGUAUUCCUGGCCCACCAGGCCCUGCAGGACCUCGAGGGCACCCAGGUCCUUCUGGACCACCAGGAAAACCAGGCUAUGGAAGUCCUGGACUCCAGGGAGAGCCAGGGUUGCCAGGACCACCAGGACCAUCAGCUACCGGGAAACCAGGUGUGCCAGGACUCCCAGGAAAACCAGGGGAGAGAGGACCAUAUGGACCAAAAGGAGAAGUUGGACCAGCUGGUUUACCAGGACCACGGGGACCACCAGGGCCUCCUGGAAUCCCUGGCCCAGCUGGAAUUUCUGUGCCAGGAAAACCUGGACAACAAGGACCUGUAGGUGCCCCAGGACCCAGGGGCUUUCCUGGAGAAAAGGGUGUGCCUGGAGUCCCUGGUGUAAAUGGACCGAAAGGAGAAACAGGGUAUGGUGCUCCUGGCCGCCCAGGUGAGAGGGGCCUUCCAGGCCCUCAGGGUCCCAUGGGACCACCUGGCCCUCCUGGAGUAGGAAAAAGAGGUGAAAAUGGGUUUCCAGGACAGCCAGGCAUCAAAGGUGAUCGGGGUUUUCCAGGAGAAAGGGGACUGGCUGGCCCACCAGGUCCCCAAGGUCCUCCUGGAGAACGAGGACCAGAAGGCAUUGGAAAGCCAGGAGCUGCUGGGGCUCCAGGUCAGCCAGGGAUUCCGGGGGCAAAAGGUCACCCUGGAGCUCCAGGAAUAGCUGGGCCACCGGGAGCUCCAGGUUUUGGGAAACCUGGUUUACCUGGUAUGAAGGGACAAAGAGGACCUGCUGGCCUUCCAGGGGGUCCAGGUGCCAAAGGGGAACAAGGGCCAGCAGGUCAUCCUGGGGAGCCAGGUCUGACUGGACCUCCUGGAAAUAUGGGACCCCAAGGACCAAAAGGCAUCCCAGGCAACCAUGGUCUCCCAGGCCCUAAGGGUGAGACAGGGCCAGUUGGGCCUGCAGGACAACCUGGAGCCAGAGGAACAAGGGGUUCUCCCGGCUUAGAUGGAAAACCAGGGUACCCAGGAGAACCAGGUCUCAGUGGUCCCAAGGGUAAUCCAGGGUUACCAGGCCCAAAAGGUGACCCUGGAGUGGUAGGACCUCCUGGUCUUCCAGGCCCUGUAGGCCCAGCAGGAGCUAAGGGAGUGCCUGGACACAAUGGUGAGGCUGGUCCAAGAGGGGCUCCUGGAAUACCAGGUACCAGAGGCCCCAUUGGGCCACCAGGUAUCCCAGGAUUCCCUGGAUCUAAAGGUGAUCCUGGAAAUCCAGGUCCUCCUGGUCCAGCUGGCAUAGCAACUAAGGGCCUCAAUGGACCCACUGGACCACCAGGGCCUCCAGGUCCAAGAGGCCAUGAUGGACAGCCUGGUCUCCCAGGGCCUCCAGGACCCCCCGGGCCCCCAGGCCAAGCAGUCAUGCCUGAGGGCUUUAUAAAGGCAGGACAAAGGCCCAGUCUUUCUGGGAUGCCUCUUGUUAGUGCCAACCAGGGAGUAACAGGAAUGCCUGUGUCUGCUUUUACUGUUAUUCUCUCCAAAGCCUAUCCAGCAAUAGGUGCUCCCAUCCCAUUUGAUAAGAUUUUGUAUAACAGGCAACAGCAUUAUGACCCAAGAACUGGAAUCUUUACCUGUAGGAUACCAGGAAUAUACUAUUUCUCCUACCAUGUGCAUGUGAAAGGGACUCAUGUUUGGGUAGGUCUAUAUAAGAAUGGCACCCCCAUAAUGUACACCUAUGAUGAGUAUACCAAAGGCUACCUGGAUCAGGCUUCAGGGAGUGCCAUAAUCGAUCUCACAGAAAAUGACCAGGUGUGGCUCCAGCUGCCUAAUGCUGAGUCAAAUGGCCUGUACUCCUCUGAGUAUGUCCAUUCCUCCUUCUCAGGAUUCUUAGUGGCUCCCAUGUGAGCACAUUCUCAUGGAGCUAACUAAAUCUUCUGCUUGGAAAAGUGUUCCCCAACUCCAUCCCACCCCAUAAAACGCAUACAGAGGUAGACUGAAAAUAAUACAAUUUUAAUUUUCCAAAAUACACAUUUGAAUUUUUAGACCAACUAAUUUUCCCCUGGUAAAUAUAAGCAGCAAUGGUAAAUAUGUGAAGAUCCUCAUGAGUUUCUAGUCAGCAAUCCUAAGCCUCUUAAGAGAUUUUCUGUAAACUCCUUCAAUAUUUAAAAAUUUCUGCUAAGUUAACACAAAUUAUCACACAUAAAUACCCAGAAAUAGGCUUCUAAAUUACAUUAUAUUUGGUUUCAGAAAUGCUAACAACUAAUAUGAGAGCUUUUAGGAAACAUUUGGGAAGUAUCACAUAACUUAAUAGAACUUAAAUACUUGAAUAUUGAAAUUCAAGACACUGUAUACCCUAAGCUAUUUCAGAUGGUGCAUUAAUAUAAGGCUUAUAUGGCCCCUUUCAUUAAGAUUGAUUCAAAUAUAUAGGUGCAUGUAUGCUUUUUUUGAAGCUCUCAUAAGAAAUCAAAAUAUUGUGCUAAAAUGAAGGUGCUUUCGUUAUGAACUUUUCAAACUUUUUUGGGAUUGCAAAAGAGCUUUUUAAAUAUCCAGUAAAACCUGGAACAGGUGUCUGACCUAUUCUUAUUUAUUUAACACAAGCAAUUGAUUUGAUUUGAUCCCUUAACUGAGUCUUAUGUAAUAUCAUUGUGUGGGUUUAAAUAACAUUGGCAAAUGGAUCUUGUGCUUCUUAUUCUGGUGAAAUUAUAAUUAAUGUCAAGCAUUUCAAAAUCUGUUAGAAAUGAAAAGACAUUAUUUAUUUAUGCUCUGUACUGUAUUUUUAUAUUAUUGUUUAAAACUUUUAAGCUGUGCGUCACUAAAGCACGAAAUAUUUAAUCUACUCAUUUACAAAGCAAUAAAAUAACAUUAAAAGAUUUUUAUGCUGAAUUUACUUGAAAGUAACAAUUUGCUAUUUCAUCCAUGCUUUUAAGGCUAUUCAUUUUACAAAGUUAAUGAAGAGAAAAACAAUAAAGUGGUACGCAGCUUUUAUGAUUGUUAUCAAUUAUGUCCCUCUACUGAAGAUGGGCAUUCCAUAUCACUGGAACUCAAUGUGGACUGAGAAGAGGCACCCAUAAAAACCACGUGAGGCCUAGAAGCCAGGGUCAAGGGCUAAUAAGUGGGCACAGAGAAGUGAC